AUGCUACCUCUCGAUGCCCCUCAGCCUCAUUCACCGGUCCAGGUCGUCCUUCCAGACCUCAUCUCUCACUGCCAUUUCACCUACCGGGUUAACCCUCAUUGCGCGGAGGCCGGAAGCGCCUCGGAGGAGUGGCUACAAGCAGGCGGAAAACUCAGCGCGCGAAAGCGGGCCGCCUUCCACGGCCUCAAGGCUGGCCUCCUGACGUCUAUGUGCUACCCUGACGCGGGCUACGACGAAUUGCGCGUAUGCUGCGACUUCAUGAACUACCUCGUGUGUACCCAGCCGCCCUUCGGGUUUGGGGGGUGGUCCUCUCCUCCACCACUUUUUUCCCCUUCGCUCAUAAAGCCGGCGCAGUUCCACCUCGACGAUCUCACGGAUGACAUGGACGAGCGGAAUGCACGCGCUGCAUCUGAUGUUGUGAUGAACACCUUGUAUCACCCUGGGACCUUCGUUUCCGAGACUCGCAUUGGGAAGAUGACCCGGGACUACUGGGUGCGACUUCUCAAGACCGGGUCCGCAGGAGCCCAGCAACGGUUCAUGGAGACCUUCGACUUCUUUUUUGCGGCGGUCGCACAGCAGGCCUUCGAUCGAAAGCAUGGCGUUGUCCCUGACUUGGAGACGUACAUAGUGCAACGACGCGAUACCAGCGGGUGCAAACCAUGCUGGGCGCUGAUCGAGUAUGCAAACCACCUAGACCUGCCGGAGGAGGUGAUGGACCACCCCGUCAUUCGUGCCCUAGGCGAGGCCGCAAACGAUCUGGUGACCUGGUCAAACGACAUAUUCUCGUACAACGUCGAGCAAGCCCGUGGAGAUACGCACAAUAUGAUCCCCGUGGUCAUGCGUCAGGAGGGCCUGGAUCUUCAAACGGCGUUCGACUUCGUCGGGGAAAUGUGCAAGCGGUCCAUCGACCGCUUCUCGCAAAAUUCGGACAAUUUACCCUCAUUUGGUCGCGAUAUCGACGCCCAGCUGAGGGUGUACGCGGAGGGCCUGGCGUCGUGGAUAGCGGGCUCCCUAGACUGGAGCUUCGUGUCCGAGCGGUAUUUCGGCAAGGAUGGCCUGCUGAUCAAAGCCAGCAGGCUCAUGUUGCUUCGUCCCAAGCUAUAA